UUCGGAGUUUCUCGUCCAUCUCUUCAAGAAAAAACAGAAAAGGAAAAUUCUUCGCCGAUCCUUAAAAACUAAUGGCCACACGCUGGAAGAUGCAGAUAUCACUCCAUCAUUCUUCUUGUGUAGUCCAUGUGAAGAACACAAGCCAGCCAUGAAAAAAUCUUGCUUUCAUGGUUUUCUUCCUUAGCGCAGAGAACUAACCCAUAGCAACAAAGUAUCACUACUGAAUUUCAUCGUUUGUCCACAGAGAGCAAAGAGAAAGAAAGAAAUGGGAGCCAACGAUGAAGGCAGUGGUGAUGGUGAUACAGAGAUGAGGAGCUACUGGAAAUGGAGCAAGGACGACUUCAUCCCGGAGGAGUCCUUCCAGAGCUGGGGCAGCUACAGAACGGCUCUAUCUCAGACUUGCCAUCGGUUCAAGGACCGAGUUCUUUCCCGAUCGGAUGAGCUUCACGAGAUAUCUGAGGUCAGGAGGCGGAGCGUCAACGACAUGAAGAGGUGUUUGAAUUGGUGGGAUCUCACCUGGUUCGGGUUCGGCUCCGUCAUCGGCGCCGGCAUCUUUGUGCUCACGGGACAAGAGGCUCACAGAGACGCAGGGCCGGCCAUCGUCCUGUCCUAUGUCAUCUCGGGCCUCUCUGCUAUGCUUUCCGUCUUCUGCUACACAGAGUUCGCCAUUGAAAUUCCAGUAGCAGGCGGUUCCUUCGCUUACCUGCGUGUUGAGCUCGGAGACUUCGCAGCCUUCAUCGCCGCUGCCAACAUUCUGCUGGAGAGCAUCAUCGGCACAGCCGCUGUUGCGCGUUCAUGGACAUCUUACUUCACAACUCUGUUGAACCGCGACCCGAAUUCGUUGCGGAUUCAUGUAGAUAGCCUUGCGGAGAACUACAACUACUUAGACCCAAUUGCAGUUGCAGUGCUCUGGAUCGCGUCGAUCAUCGCCAUCACCGGAACUCGGAGAACAUCCCUCAUCAAUUGGUUCUUCACUCUCAUGAACACAGCAGCAAUUAUUCUUGUGAUAGUGGCAAGCUUCUGGCACGCUCAUCCCUCAAACUUACACCCUUUCUUCCCGUUUGGAAUCUCCGGAGUCUUUCGAGCAGCGGCGAUCGUCUAUUUCGCAUACGGAGGAUUCGACAACAUCGCAACCAUGGCGGAGGAGACGAAGAAUCCAUCAAGGGAUAUACCAUUAGGCCUUCUCGGUUCCAUGUCUUUCAUCACAGUGAUCUACUGUGCUAUGUCCCUGGCUCUGGUUAUGAUGCAGAAUUACACGGUAAUUGAUCCCAAUGCAGCAUACUCCAUAGCCUUUGAGAGGGUGGGGAUGCACUGGGUCAAGAUCUUGGUUGCACUAGGUGCGCUCAAGGGGAUGACGACGGUACUGUUGGUCGGCGCGCUGGGGCAGGCUCGCUACACAACUCAUAUAGCAAGAGCUCACAUGAUUCCUCCCCUGUUUGCUCUGGUUCAUCCCAAGACACAGACACCAGUCUAUGCCACCUUACUGGUCACAUCCUUAGGCGGCAUCAUUGCCCUCUUCUCUAGCUUAGACAUCUUGGCAAACCUUCUCUCGAUCAGUACUCUCUUCAUCUUCAUGAUGAUGGCUGUGGCCCUGCUGGUAAGGAGGUACUAUCUCAGAGGAACCACGCCUAGAGAGAAUGUGAACAGGUUGGUGUUCUUCCUGCUUGUUAUAAUUUCUUCCUCCAUUGCUACUUCGUUCUGUUGGGGAAUCAAUCCCAAGAGAUGGAUUGGUUAUACCAUCACAGUUCCUAUCUGGUUCUUGGGGACGGCGGCGAUUGCCUUUUUUCUACCUCAGCAGAGAGUUCCAAAAGUAUGGGGAGUGCCUCUGGUCCCAUGGCUGCCGUCUCUGUCCAUUGCAGUGAACAUCUUUCUCAUGGGGUCCCUGGAUUACCAGUCAUUCAUAAGGUUUGGCGUGUGCACCGUGAUCAUGCUUGUUUAUUAUGUAUUCUUUGGCCUUCAUGCUACGUACGAUCUGGCCCAUCAGAAGAGCAAACCAGUUGUUGCAGAUGGCAAUGGCGUUUUACAGUCUGCUGUGCCUUAAAAGGCUUUGGACAGGCGAGAUUUAGGUAUCAUGACUACAUUAUCUUCCUUUCUGCUUUACAUAUUUGUAUGAUCUACUGCGGUUCGAUUGAUGAUUUGGUGGAAGCACUACUGUAGAUUUGGAGAUGUAGUGUGGAAAAUGAAAUGGAAAAUUCGGCAUAGUUGUGGCUGUAAUCUCUUUAUCUCAUCUCAUGGCAUGAGACAAAAAUGUGGAAAUUGUUUACUUGUGGGACACCUUUGUUCUUUCUUAAAAGAAUGUGACGUUAUUUAA